CCCCGCUUCCGUAGCGAGUACUUCUCUGUGAAGUCUGCCGAGAAGGCCAUCGCUGCCAGUACGCAGAGCGUAAGUAUCUUCUCUUCUGAGGAAACCGAGUUCAAAUGCUAACUUUCUUAGGAUGCCAUCUUCAUCUCGGCUAAGGAGUACAGCCCUCGUGGCUAUGUUCGCUACGCCCACCCUGCUGCCCAGGGCGGCAUGGACCAGCUCGAGAUCGCCACUCGCGAACUCGCCAUCGAUGACGGUUAUGACAACGGUCGUCAGUACCAGGGAUUCUCACAGUAUGCUGACUACCCUCCUCGUCGCGGCCAUGGUCCUCGUCGCGCUCGCGGUGGAUACCGUGGCGGUUAUCGCGGUCAUGGUGGCCGUGGUGCUCUCGUUCUCUCCGAGGACUCAAUCGUCCACCAGACUGAUAUGGAGUUUUGGCGCUUUAACCAGCCCCAAACUGUCAAUCUCCUCAAGAUUGAAGCCGGUGUCGACGUCCGUACCACCGUGAUGCUCCGCAACAUCCCGAACCGCGUCGACUCCCACGAUCUGAAGGAGUGGCUCGACAAGAGCUCCUUCGGACACUACGACUUUAGCUAUCUUCGCAUCGAUUUCAGCACAGAGCUGAACGUUGGUUAUGCCUUCGUAAACUUCACCCACCCCGAGCACAUCACCAACUUCGUGAACUCAAAGGUUGGCAAGCCCUGGAAUCUUUACGGCUCUACCAAGCGCUGCGAGGUCUCUUACGCCACGAUCCAGGGGAUUGACUGUCUCCUCGCCAAGUUCCGUAACUCCGUCAUCAUGGAGGAGGCUGCUUCCUGCCGCCCCAAGCUCUGGUACCACCAUGAGUCGGAUGACCUGCCCGACACCAACGCUGUCGGCACCGAGGCUCCGUUCCCUGCUCCCAACAACGAGCAAAAGCGCAAGCGUUCCAGAGACAACGCGACCACCAUCGGUCUCUUCCCCUCUCGCCACGGCAGGGGUCCCUACGGCCCGGGUUCCCAUUACCGCGAGGGCCAGUACGACCGCGGAACCUCCUUCGCUAUUGAGGAGGAGCGUCAGCACGAGGAGCAGCGCCAAGUUCGCUUCGAGCGCCGCCAGCUCGGCUACCGUGGCAACGGCCAAUAUCAGCAGUUCGGUAGAGCCCGCCACCAGCAGCAGUACGAGAGCGCACAUCGUCAGCAGUAUGAGGGCGCUCGCCCCCAGCAGCGUGGCGCUCGCCACCGUCAGCAGUACCUUCCCCGUCGCGGCGGUGGUGGCUACUACCAACAGGGCCGUAUCCUUGGUCCCUACGACAACGACGAGGACUACUACGACGAGGAGGAGGACGACUUCUACCACGGCGAUCGCGACUCUGACUACUACCGUCGUUAAAGUCUUUGGGGUUUGACGCAGUCCCUGCGGUCAUUGAGUACCCAGGGCUUGGGCGCAUGUUAUCUUUGCUUGAAACC